GCGCAUGCUCUGGGGUAGUUCGCAGCCGGGCCGGAGAGCGGUGGAGUUCCUUGUGGUCCAUCUGCAGCGAGGAGGAGAACAUGCCACCCAAGCGCAUAGCUAAGAAAAGGUCACCCCCAGAAGAUGCCAUCCCCAUAAGCAAGAAAGUGAAGGACCCCCGUAACCCAGCAGUGAGGGCCUCUGCCUCCCGCCGCGUUCCCGGCGCCCGCUCCUGCCGAGUCUCACACAGGUCCCACGGCACAGAACCAGGCUUGGUGCUGACACUGGGGCAGGGCGACGUGGGCCAGUUGGGGCUGGGCGAGAAUGUGAUGGAGAGGAAGAAGCCAGCCCUGGUCCCCAUUUCGGAAGGCAUUGUGCAGGCUGAGGCUGGAGGAAUGCAUACCGUGUGUCUAAGCAAGAGUGGCCAGGUCUACUCCUUCGGCUGCAAUGAUGAGGGUGCCCUGGGAAGGGACACAUCGGUGGAGGGCUCAGAGAUGGUCCCCGGGAAAGUGGACCUGCAAGAGAAGGUUGUACAGGUGUCAGCAGGAGACAGUCACACAGCGGCCCUCACCGAGGAUGGCCGUGUCUUCCUCUGGGGCUCCUUCCGGGACAAUAAUGGUGUGAUUGGGCUCCUGGAGCCCAUGAAGAAGAGCAUGGUGCCUGUGCAAGUGCAGCUGAAUGUGCCUGUGGUGAAAGUGGCCUCCGGAAAUGAUCACUUGGUGAUGCUGACAGAUAACGGUGACCUCUACACCUUGGGCUGCGGGGAGCAGGGCCAGCUGGGCCGUGUGCCUGAACUAUUCGCCAACCGUGGUGGCCGGCAGGGCCUUGAACGAUUCCUGGCCCCCAAGUGUGUGAUGCUGAAAUCCAGGGGAAGCCGGGGUCCUGUGAAGUUCCAGGAUGUCUUCUGUGGCGCCUACUUCACCUUUGCCGUCUCCUGUGAGGGCCACGUAUAUGGCUUUGGCCUCUCCAACUACCACCAGCUUGGAACCCCGGGCACAGAGUCAUGCUUCGUACCCCAGAAUCUGACAUCCUUCAAGAACUCCACCAAGUCCUGGGUGGGCUUCUCUGGUGGCCAGCACCACACGGUCUGCAUGGAUUCAGAAGGAAAGGCCUACAGCCUGGGCCGGGCUGAGUAUGGGCGGCUGGGCCUCGGGGAGGGUGCCGAAGAGAAGAGCACACCCACCCUCAUCCCCAGGCUGCCAGACGUCUCCUCGGUGGCUUGUGGGGCCUCUGUAGGGUAUGCGGUGACCAAGGAUGGUCACAUUUUCGCCUGGGGCAUGGGCACCAACUACCAGCUGGGCACAGGGCAGGAGGAGGAUGCCUGGAGCCCUGUGGAGAUGACAGGGAAACAGCUGGAGAACCGCGUGGUCUUGUCUGUGUCCAGCGGAGGCCAGCACACUGUCUUGUUAGUGAAGGACAAGGAACAGAGCUGAUGAAACCCCUGAGGGCCUGGCUCCAGCCCCUGGACUCCCUCCUGGAACCGGGAAGCAGUGACAGCUACAGAUCCCAGCAGCCCUUCCCCCAACCCCGAGCACUCUGUCAACUUCUGCCUUUUUCCCAUCAGCAGAACAGAAUCCCUUUCUUCUUUUUCUUCCUCCUUUUGGGAAUCAUCCUAGGACCCGCAGAAGGAGGUGGCUGGAAGAAGGGAGGGAUUUGGGGUUAGAAGGAACACUGUUCAACCCAGACCUAUGUGGCUAGACGCCCCCCCCCCCCCCAUUCCUGCUUCCCAUGGUUCUGGCUGGCCCUGGCCUUGUCUCCCCAAAAAAACUAAACUUCCUCCCCUGGGCAUUUGGUGUCAACACUCAGAAUAGUUGGGGCUCCAUCAAGCCCCACCCUAGUCAUGUGCAACUUUUCCUGUUCCUAACAGUCCACAGGCAGACAUGGCACAGUCGCCAGCUGUCAUGGCCCCAUGCCUGGAUAAGUGGAGAAGAGGCAGGGCUACUCAGCCAUGGGCAACACUGAGCCAGACAUUUGGCUCUGAACAGGUGUUCGUGGGGCAAAAAGGACAAUGAUCCUCCAUGUGACAGAGAAAAAAGCCAACCAACCGAUCUCCCAGAAGCACAAAGCAUUCUCCUGUCCCUCAGACAUUGCCUGCUUAUGGCCCCAUCCAGCCUGCCUCACCUGCAGCCAAGCCGGGAACCCAGAAGGGAGACACUCCCAGCAGGGCAUGGUGUGAGGGGAGAGGGGGACAGAGGGUUUUAUAAACAAACUUAGAGCAAUACUGAGAAAGGGUGGAGGGAGGAAGAGGGUUGGAGGGCCAGGGGCUUGUCAUAAAAUAAGGAAGCAGCAGCUUGUACAGUAGCUGAGAAAAUAGUUUUGAUUUUUUUAAAAAUGUAAAAUAUUUUGGAAGGGAGAGUGAACUCUUUUAACACUUUGAAUAAAUUUAGAGUUUUAUAAAAACUGACCCCUUGUUUUAUACAUGAUUCCUGCUCUUUUAAGGGAGCACCUGUUGGCUGCCAGGCACUGUUGGGAAGGGCAGAAUAAAACUGUGCUUGUGAACUUGAUGCCAGGGCGAGGACUUACAUGAGGUCAAGAUAUCCGCUGCCAAUGUGGCUAUUCCCAGGGCUCUUGAAGUCUGCUCAAAUAAAAA